AUGCCUCCCCCACCCGCCUACCACCCGACCGAGCCGCCCGAUUCCCCGUCCGACCAUUCCGACUCGGAUCUCGACCUCGACCUCGACCUCGACGAGCUCGACCCCAAGACGACCCCGUUGGCGGGGGACACAUCUGGCGGGGGCAGCUCGAGCCACGCCCAUCCAAGCCACCAGAGCCAAAGCGGACGGCCAGCCAACAUCGCGCUGCGAACACUCCGCAUGAGCGGACUACGACGGUCCGGCAAGCGCGGCCGGGGCUACGGCGAGCUGGGCCGGGAUGGCCGGCGGUCCCACGACGACAAUGACGACGAUGCACGCGGCCUGCUGGCGGACGACGACGAGGGGUCGCCGGCGCGGCGGGAUUCGUACGCCAACGCCGAGGACGACGGGCUACUAAAUGGCAGUGGCGGUGGUAGUGGCCGCCGGCGGCGACGGUCCUUUGCCCAGGACACGCUGCAGAAUCUGACGGGCCGGCUGCGGCUGCCCAGCUUCAUGUCGAGCUCGAGCAGCGUCAACAACAUGGCCCUCGGCGACGACGACGACCCGGGCCACAGCCACGAACAAGAAGACGACGACCCGUCCGCGUCGCGCGUCGUGGCGGUUGGCGCCGCGCAGGCGACGCGCUUCCCGCCGAACCUCAUCUCAAACGCCAAAUACACGGCGUGGUCGUUCUUGCCGGUCACACUAUACAACGAGUUCUCCUUCUUCUUCAACAUGUACUUUCUGCUGGUGGCGCUGUCCCAGGCGAUCCCGGCGCUGCGCAUCGGCUAUCUGAGCACGUACGUGGCGCCGCUGGCGUUUGUGCUGGUCAUUACGCUCGGCAAGGAGGCGUACGACGACGUGGAGCGGCGGCGGCGAGACAACGAGGCCAACGCGGAGCCGUACACAACGCUGCAGUUUGUGGACCCCGUGCACGGCGGGCUGGACAGCAGCGGAUUCGGACGCACGGGGGGCGGCGCCGCAGGCGCGCUGCGCGGCCAGCGCAAGCGGCUGCGGUCCGACGCGUCCACCAAGGCGCAGCGGCGCAGGCUGCUGGCGGUGGCACAAGAGGACCGCGCGCGGCUGUCGGACAUUCAAGAGGAGGAGGAGCAGCUGGAGAGCGCCGGCCGCGGUGGGCGGCGGAACAGCGCCGUCCCCACGUCGCGCGUUGUCGAGAUUCCCAAAAAGUCACGCGACCUGAAGGUGGGCGACGUGCUGAAGCUCAGCAAAGGCCAGCGCGUGCCGGCCGACGUGGUGAUUCUCAAGUGCCUGUCCCAGGACGCACACGCGCAGGACGACCCGGCGACGGGCCACGAAGACGAAGCGCGUCCACCGGCCGAGGCCAACUUGCUUAUCGACGACGAGGACACAGCCCUGGCAGCGGCGGCCACGGCCGACGCUGUCCAGGACGCGAAAACGGACAGCGGCAACAACGCGGGCGGUGAGACGUUUAUUCGGACCGACCAGCUCGACGGCGAGACAGACUGGAAGCUGCGGCUGGCGUCGCCGCUGUCGCAGAGCCUGGCAACGGAGGAGUUUGUGCGGCUGCGGGUGACGGGCGGCAAGCCGGAUAAGAAGGUCAAUGAGUUUCUGGGCACGAUCGAGCUGCUGCCGGAGGAGGGCGACGGCGCGUACGACGAGGCAGAGCGUGGUGACAACAACAACGACGACGACGGCGAGGGGGAUGGGGGUCACGACAGACAGCCGACAAAACCAUCGGCCGCACUCUCCAUCGACAAUACGGCCUGGGCCAACACGGUGAUUGCGUCGCACGCGACGACGCUGGCGGUCAUUGUGUACACGGGCCCGCAGACGCGGUCCGCGCUGUCGACGGCACCGUCGCGGUCCAAGACGGGCCUGCUCGAGUACGAGAUCAACUCGCUCACCAAGAUCCUGUGCGCGCUGACGCUGGCCCUGUCCAUCAUCCUGGUGGCCAUUGAAGAGGGCAUUGUGGGCAGCGGCGGCGGCAAGAAAAACGGCGACAGCACGGCGCCCGGCAACUUGGUCUGGUAUGUGCAGAUCAUGCGGUUCCUGGUGCUGUUCUCGACGAUUGUGCCCAUUAGCCUGCGCGUCAACCUGGACCUGGGCAAGAGCGUGUACUCGUACUUUAUCCAGCGCGACCCGGGGAUGCCGGGCGCGGUGGUGCGGACGAGCACGAUCCCCGAGGACCUGGGGCGCAUCGAGUACCUGCUGAGCGACAAGACGGGCACGCUGACGCAAAACGACAUGGAGAUGAAGAAGAUCCACGUGGGCACGGUGUCGUACGCCAACGAGGCCAUGGACGAGGUCGCCGCGUACGUGCGGCAGGGGUUUGGCGCGCCCGACGCGGACACGCUGGUCACGCCCUCGUCGACGGUGGCCCUGGGCCCGGGUGGCAGCGCGUCGGCGGCGGCGGGCGGCGCGACGCGCACGCGGCGCGAGAUCGGCACGCGCGUGCGCGACAUUGUGCUCGCGCUGGCGCUCUGCCACAACGUGACGCCGACGACGGACGACGACGGCGCGGGCGGCGCGACGGAGACGUCGUACCAGGCGUCGUCGCCCGACGAGAUUGCGAUUGUGCGGUGGACGGAGGCGGUGGGGCUGCGGCUGGCGGCGCGCGACCGGCAGGGCAUGACGCUGGUGUCGACGGCGACAGGGCGCACCGUGGUGCAGGUGCGCAUCCUGGAUAUUUUCCCGUUCACGUCCGAGGGCAAGCGCAUGGGCAUUGUGGUGCAGUUCCUCACGACGCCGGCAGCAGCGAAAGCAGCGCCAUCCCUUGACGACGGCGAGAUCUGGUUCUACGAAAAGGGCGCGGACACGGUGAUGGGCGCGAUUGUGGCGGCCAACGACUGGCUCGACGAGGAGACGGCCAACAUGGCGCGCGAGGGCCUGCGGACGCUGGUGGUGGGCCGCAAGCGGCUGUCGGCGGCGCAGUACCGGGCGUUUGCGGCGCGGUACCAGGAGGCGUCGCUGGCGAUGACGGGCGGGCGCGACGCGGGCCUGCAGCGGGUGGUGGGGUCGCUGCUGGAGGCGGACCUAGAGCUGCUCGGCGUCACGGGCGUCGAGGACAAGCUGCAGCGCGACGUCAAGCCGUCGCUGGAGCUGCUGCGCAACGCGGGCAUCAAGAUCUGGAUGCUGACGGGCGACAAGGUCGAGACGGCGCGCUGCGUGGCCAUCAGCGCCAAGCUGGUCGCGCGCGGGCAGUACGUGUACACGGUGGCCAAGAUGACGAAGCGCGACGGCCCCGCGGCGCAGCAGGACCACCUCGACUUCUUGCGGGCCAAGACGGACGCGUGCCUGCUGAUUGACGGCGAGAGCCUGGCGCUGUUUCUGGCGGGCCCGCUGCGCACGGCCUUCAUCGCCGCGGCCGUGCAGCUGCCGACGGUGGUGGCGUGCCGCUGCUCGCCGACGCAAAAGGCCGACGUGGCGCAGCUCAUCAAGGCGCACACGCGCAAGCGCGUGUGCUGCAUCGGCGACGGCGGCAACGACGUGUCGAUGAUCCAGGCGGCGGACGUGGGCGUGGGCAUCGUGGGCAAGGAGGGCCGGCAGGCGUCGCUGGCGGCCGACUUUUCCAUCACGCAGUUCUGCCACCUCACGAAGCUGCUCGUGUGGCACGGGCGCAACAGCUACAAGCGCAGCGCCAAGCUGGCGCAGUUUGUGAUCCACCGCGGGCUCAUUGUGGCCGUGUGCCAGACCAUGUUCAGCAUCGCCAUCCGCUUCGAGCCCGAGGGCCUCUACAUCGACUGGCUGAUGGUCGGCUACGCCACGGUGUACACGGCGCUGCCCGUGCUGUCGCUGGUGCUGGACAAGGACGUCGACGAGGACCUCGCCAACCUGUACCCGGAGCUCUACAAGGAGCUGACCGAGGGCCGCUCGCUGUCGUACCGCACCUUUUUCGUCUGGGUCUUUGUCUCCGUCUACCAGGGCGCCAUGAUCCAGGGCCUGGCGCAGCUGCUGACCGAGGUCGACGGCCCGCAGAUGGUCGCCGUCAGCUACACGGCGCUGGUGCUCAACGAGCUGCUGAUGGUCGCCAUUGAGAUUACCACGUGGCACCCCGUCAUGAUUGCGUGCAUCGUGGGCACGUUUCUGCUGUACGUCGGGUCCCUGCCGUUCUUGGGCGGCUACUUUGACCUGCAGUUUGUCCUGAGCGUCGGCUUCCUGUGGCGCGUCGUGGCCAUCUGCGCCAUCUCGCUGGUCCCGCCGUACGCCGGCAAGCUGAUCCGGCGCACGAUGAAGCCGCCGUCGUACCGCAAGGUGCAGAGCAUCUAG